UGCACCCCGAUUGAUAUUGUACAUAACAUUACAGGUGUAUAGAUUUGUUUGUCACGUUGAAGGUCCCGAAAUAAGAUAUUUGCAUAGCACUGGGUACUCGAAUACCCCGCAGUCGAGAGCUGAGUGAGCACGCAAGAGCACGGAGCAAAAGAAAUACAUUCAAGGUUGAAAGACCAGAGAUUCAAGCUACGCAGAGAGUAGCCAAAGUACGUGUAACGUGCUGGAAGCAGAAAGUGAAGAGGUGGAACUGGAAGGCACGGUCCUAGGACAAACGCAAAGAUUGGAACCACCUCCGUCGGUGAGCAGAGCCCUGAACUCCAUCAUUCUCGUACAGAUCGGAGAAUAAACAAUUGAGAACACUCGCAAACGCGACCUUAAGCAUGGCGAAACCUACGCUUCUCGCUUUCCAUGGCUCUGGCAGCAACGACACGAUUCAUUACGUACAGCUGGCUCGCAUAUCGCGGUUUCUGAAACAGCAUUUCGAGAUAGAGGCACUGUGUGGUCCAAUCGAAUCUGCCGCCGGCCCAGGUAUCCUCCCCUUCUUCGACGGCUGCGGUCCCUUCUACCGCUGGGCACCCCCCAGCGACAUCGUGAACGCGUCCACCAGCCCAACCUACGGCCCGAUGCUCCCCGAAGUCUGCUCUCUCAUCGAAGCCGCCGUCUCCCGGGCACGCAGCAAAGGCAGCAAAGUCGUCGGCGUCAUCGGCUUCUCGCAGGGCACACGCGUGGUCGCUGGUCUACUCAAGGCGUCGCAGAUCCAGCGGGUGUUAGCGAAGGAAGGAAAGGGCAAGGCUUUGGAGUGGCUAGCUGACAUCCGCUUCGGACUGAGCGUGUGUUCGUCGUUCCCGCCGGCGCUGGUGCCUGCGGCUGUGCUGGAGGCUGUUAAAACGUCGGGCCAGGACGAGGACCAGCAGAAGGCGUUGCUGGAAGAAAAGAUUGUGCUGCCGGCGCUGCAUGUGCUGGGGAGCCAGGAUGAGUGGGCGUGGGCGGGGAAGUUGUUGAUUGGGAGCGCGUAUGAGACGGAUGUGGAGCCCAAGGUGGAUGUGGAGAAGGGGAAGAAUGGCGUUCUUGAGUUUGCUAUGGGACACCAUUACCCUGUGCAGCCCGAGGAUACGGAGAAGGUUGCGAAUUGGGUUUUGGGCACGUGGGAAGGCGUGAAAGGAGAGUAGUUGUGCGGGGAUACAGGCGCGUCCUGCGAGACUGAGGGCUACGAUACGUAGCACGAUCAUGCGCAAAGCGAGGAAUGCGAGAAGUUAUGAGGAAUUGAUAGACUCGCCAUAGAUUCAGUUUUGUCGUGCAUUUCGAUGCAGCUCAAGUUGGUUAUACAGGAGGUAGUACAAGCCUUUUAGAAGCGAGAAAUGCGAGGACUUUAGUCAGAACUAGCAGAAAAAUUAUAUUACCGUUCCGCCGACACCAGCCUACUCCUCGCAAACUUCCCUAUCACCAUGGAAAUCCAAUAUAUAAAGCCAUGCACUUUUACUG